UAGAAGAGGUGCAGCCUACUCACUGCCUCUGUGAUAUCCCUGGAAGCCAACACAAACCCGGAAUCAGUGGCUCCAGAAGCAGCCGGUCGUGAUGGAUCUACUCUCCGGUGUUUCCUCCGUGUGGCCGUGGCUGGACGCCCGCAGCCUGCUCCUCUUCGCUCUGGUCCUCCUGGUGACUGCAGAGUAUUUAAGGGCCCGUCGGCCCAGCAGCUUUCCUCCAGGACCACGGGCCUUUCCUCUGGUGGGCAACAUGUUCUCCAUCGACUCCAGCAAACCCCAUCGAGACAUGACUGAGUUAGCAGAGAAGUAUGGGAACGUGUACAGUCUGAGAAUGGGCCCCUCCUGGGCGGUGGUGCUGAAUGGCCUCAGCGCGCUGCAAGAGGGUCUCUGCAAAGGAGACCAACUCUCUGACCGUCCAGAGUUUCCACUCCAUUCUGAUGUGUUGCCCUCCAUGGGUAUUGUUUUUUCUAAUGGACAUGUAUGGAAACAGCAGAGGCGAUUUGCCAUCAUCACUCUCAAAUACUUUGGCCUUGGCAGGAAAUCCCUCGAAUCCUCCAUACUGGAUGAAUUUAUUUAUAUAUCCAAAGAAAUCUCCAAGCAUAAAGGGAAACUCUUUAAUCCACAUUUAAUAAUGAACAACGCUGUCUCCAACAUCAUCUGCACCCUGGUUUUUGGUCAUCGCUUUGAGUACAGUGAUGAGAUGUUUCAGAAAAUGAUUAAGUUGUUGGACAAAGGGACCCAGAUUGAAAGCUCCAUUUGGGCACAGCUGUACAACGCAUUUCCUGUGCUGAUGAGGCAUUUGCCGGGGCGACACCGCACGCUUCAAAAAAUCUAUGGUCAAAUGACGGACUUCGUUAAAACGGAAAUCGAGAAGCACAAGAAAGACUGGAACCCCUCUGAUCCCAGAGACUUCAUUGACUGUUACCUGACUGAGAUUCAGAAGCAUCAGGACAAGAGUGACGAUGAACCAGAUGCUGGUUUUCAUGAGGACAAUCUGGUCAUGUGCACCUUUGAUCUGUUUGGGGCUGGCACUGAGACCACCUCCACCACCCUGCGCUGGGCUUUGCUCUACAUGGUGAAGUACCCAGAGAUUCAGGAAAAGGUCCAGGCUGAGAUAGACAGAGUGAUUGGACAGUCCAGACAGCCGUCCAUGGAAGAUCGAGCACACCUUCCCUACACGGACGCUGUCAUACACGAGAUCCAGAGGAUGUCCAACAUAGUUCCUCUCAGCCUGCCUCAUGUUACCAACAGGGACAUCCAGCUGGGAGGCUACACAAUCCCAAAGGGAGUAACAAUCAUCCCCAAUCUGACCUCGGUGCUGUCGGAAAAGAAUGAGUGGGAGACGCCCCACACCUUUAACCCAGGACACUUUCUGAACGAGGAGGGCAAGUUUGUGAAGCGAGCUGCUUUCCUCCCUUUUUCUGCUGGCAAGCGUGUGUGUCUCGGGGAGAACCUGGCCAGGAUGGAGCUCUUCCUCUUCUUCACCUCCUUCAUGCAGCGCUUUAGCUUCUCCAUGCCUCCGGGUGUGGAGCCCGUGUUCAAGGCCCUUUCUGGAGUCACCCUUACACCCCUCCCUUAUGAAAUCUGUGCCACUCCACGCAAAGAGUGAUACACCUCCUCAAGCGUUUGCACAUUUACCAAAUAUAUUUCAGAUUAUUCAUUUUGAAAUAUUUUUGGGCCACUUCGACAACAACCCGAUAGUGUUCCCUUAAAAUGUUUUGGUUAAUGUUUUAGUACACUGUUGCCUAUAGUCUAAUGUACAUGAAGCAAUCUCAGCAAUUAUUUGGAGUCGUGUCUCUGCCAACUGUAAGUCCAAUAUAGUCUCCCUUUAGGACUGCUUUGGUCUCCAGAAACUCCUAAUAAACCAUCUGAAUCUUUA